AUGUCUCCUGUCUCUCUGGCUGCCAAUACGCAGCCGGACCGACAGUUGAAAAUAUUAGCUCAAGCUUUCGAAACUCUACUACUAACUACCCAAAAAACCAACUCCAAGGCGAAACACCUUCAGGAAAGGCUGGAAUAUGCCCAUGAUGAGUAUCUCAAGCUCGCAAACCGAUCUCCCGAAGGACUCGACCCGCACAGCAAGAUUGUCUCGGAGAAGAUACUUGGCCGCGAUGUUGAAUUUGACAACCCCCAGAAGCAGAAUCUAAAUUCAGUGGAUGUAGUAAAAGUUCUUUCAGAGUCUGGAAACGUAGGAGAUUCGGGCCUUGCUGCCAUAACAGAGGGGGUGAGGAUUUACAAGUCGUUCCUCAACCCUGAUGAUGAUGGAUCAACCGGGAUGGUUGCGACAAGAGCUGGCUCGCUAGAAAGAGAUUUUACUACCCGGGGCACACGUGGAAGUCUGCGCUGCCCCUUCUCGAAGCCUCAAAAGUUGUCCUCUGAAAAUGGGGUCAAUGGAAUCGAAACUGCGUUGCCGUUACAAAAUGGUAAUAUGUGCGGCUACCAACAUUUAGAUCCCAUCAAAGAGGAGCAGCUGGAUAGACAAUCAAGUCAAGCUCCCUCUGCGCGUUCGUCAACUCGCUGCCCCGCCUCGCGAUGUCCUAUUAGAUAUCUAGAUCAGCAUAGUCCGGAAGAAAUGGCGGAUUAUGUGGAGCGACACAAGCAUGAAAUCCCCAGAAGUCAUGCAAUAUGUGUCAAACGGUACUCCAACAGCUCUCGGCAAAUGGAUGCGAAAUACGGCAACCUCACCAACAUGAUUCGAGGCUUGUCAGAGAAGCAUCGAGCGUUCCUCCCUGGUGACGGCUCACGAACCGCUAGCUCCUCGGCGGAACGUGUGGAAAAAUGGGCAGACGGGGUCAAUUCUCAGACUCCGGCUGAAGGCGACGAUAUUGAAAACGACGAGGAUCGAAAAGGCCACUUCGAUCGGCCUCUGCGAGAUAUCCGCGUUGGAGAAUCACCGAGCAGGCCUUGGGGCAUCCACGUUCCCAUACCUCCGGCUCCAGCGUUUGAAUCUCCUACCCAGUCACCUGCGGCUCCUGGCGUGACUGCCGACAAGCCGUUCGAUACUGCAACAGGGCCGCCUAAGGGCGGUUGUCCGUUCGGUCACGGCGCAGGCGCCCCUCCCCCAGACCACCCAGCCGUAGAAACGGAGAGAGUUCGCAAUGAAGAACCUGCCCAGACGCCCGAUGGAACAAGUAUGAAGGACGAAAAGCGAACGGAUGAUCCGCCGGAGGCCCCGGCAGCGAAUAUCGUGUUCAAUGGGCCUGUGUUCUUUGGAUUCUCCGCCGAAAAGACUGCAGCGUUUAUGCAACAGCUGGGCAGUCUGGGCAACAACAAAACAUGAUAUGCCCCUAGCCCUUAUGUUCGGUGAGAGCAAACUUUCAUAGUAUAUACGUAUACAUACCGUUAUCGUUACUGGGGUUGGAUAUCUUGAUUAUUCGUUAUUAUUAUUUUUAGCGUUUUGGAGCACGGAGUUCAGGCCAUUCAAUGUACUAUAUACGAUCUGGCGGCACUUGUACAUAUCAUCCAAGUCGGUCUCACAUGUGUUGACGCGGUACAUACUGUUAAUAUUAAAUACAUUAUUCUUAUCUGCCCCAAAUCUAUUUCGAGGCCUCACUAGUUGAAACCAAUGACCAGCCUCAAUGCGGCAACUUUAGCAGUCCGCAACUCCGCAUAAGGGCUCUCCACCCUGGUUCUUCGUCCGAACCUACCGAACCUACCGAGCUUUGGACUUUGGGCUUUUCUUUGACCAUACCUCGAAACCAAC